CUGGCUCUCCUGAGCCGCUGGUACUGCUGGCGAAAAGAUGGGAAAAUCAGAUAGACAUCUAUCGAGUAUUUAACGUAAAAUGACGGGUUUUGCAGCCGAUUUCCGAUCGACAGAGGAUUCAGUAGUGGCACCGGUCUGAGCUCCACCAGACAACGAGAAAGAUUGGUGUCAUUAUUUGUAACACUGGAUAGCCCCUGUUGGAAGAGGAAAUCUGUCAGCAUUGUCUGCCCCAGAAAGUGGAGAGCAUCAGACCUCUAUUCUAUCAUGAACAUUGCGCCCGUCGACUCAAGUUGAAGCAGGAUCACCACCUCAUAUUCACACAGCUGGUGACAGCCCCAAUCACAAAAUCGGCAAGAAUUUAUACAGAUACUUGGGGUCAUAAGUUUUGCUGUCAGCUCCAUUCUUCUAUUUAGCAGAAGAUGUACGGUAGUGCCCGCUCUGUUGGCAGAGGGGAUGCCAACCAUAGUGGUGGAAGAGAUGGAGGUGGCACCGGUAAUCAAGGAUCUGGCCGCUCCCCUCGCCUUCCCCGUUCUCCUCGGAUGGGACAUCGUCGCACCAACAGCACUGGAGGCAGUGGAGGGGGUCCUGGUGGAGCAGGAGGCAAGACACUUUCCAUGGAGAACAUCCAGUCCCUCAACGCUGCGUACGCCACCUCAGGACCCAUGUACCUGAGUGACAAUGAGGUGGCCAUGGCAGGCGACCAUCUUCCCAAAACUGGUGGGACAGUGACGACCAUGGGGAGACAGAGGGUGACAUAUGGGUCAAGGGGUAGCAGCAGUGGAGUCGUGGCUGCUAGCACCCCCAACAUCUCCACCACAGUGCCAGCCAAUGCUGUGCUGCCAGCAGGCAUGAUGGCAGGUGAUGCUCUGGCUUUUGGGGACCACCACAUGGCCUCGACUGUGCCCCACUCUCUAAGGCAGGCCAGAGACAACACAAUAUUGGACCUGCAGGCCCAACUGAAAGAGGUUCUGCGUGAGAAUGAGAUGCUGCGUCGAGAAGUGGAAGUUAAGGAGAGCAAGCUCAGCUCCUCCAUGAAUUCUAUCAAGACUUUCUGGAGCCCAGAAUUGAAAAAGGAGCGAGCUCUCAGGAAAGAUGAGGUUUCUAAGAUCACUGUCUGGAAAGAACAGUACCGUGUGAUUCAAGAUGAAGCACAGCAUCUUCAGAUGACUGUUCAAGCUCUUCAAGAUGAGCUGAGGAUCCAGAGGGACUUGAACCAGCUGCUCCAGCAAGACCCCGCCAUCCAGGGCCGGGACCUGGCCCUAACAUCUGAACCCACGGAGGAGAACUACCGACGGUUACAGGCCGAGCACGAGAGGCAGGCCAAAGAGCUCUUCCUCCUCAGGAAGACCCUGGAGGAGAUGGAGCUGAGGAUCGACACACAGAAGCAAACCCUGGGAGCCAGAGAUGAGUCCAUCAAGAAACUUCUGGAGAUGCUACAGAGCAAAGGGCCAUCUGCCAAAGCAUCAGAGGAGGACCAGGAGCGGACCAGGAGACUGGCUGAUGCAGAGAUGCACAGACAUCACCUUGAGAGUUUACUGGACCAGAGGGACAGAGAGAUCAAUGCACUAAGAGAGGAGCUGCAUCGUCGUUAUGAGGGAACCCCUGAAUCCACCAAAACUAAGGCUUUACAGACUGUUAUCGACAUGAAGGAUGCAAAAAUCAAUUCAAUGGAGCGGGGCAUGAGAGACAUGGAGGAGGAGCUGCUAAUGCUGAAAUCCAAUGGACUCCUGAGCUGUGAGGAGCGUCAGGAGGAGAUGAAGCAGAUGGAGGUCUACCGCAGCCACACGAAAUUCAUGAAGAACAAGAUGGAGCAGGUGAAGCAGGACCUCUCGAGGAAGGACACCGAGCUGCUUGGUUUGCAGACCAAGCUGGAGACGCUCACCAACCAGUUCUCUGACAGCAAGCAGCACAUCGAAGUUCUCAAGGAGUCCCUCACUGCCAAGGAGCAGCGAGCUGCCAUUUUACAGACAGAGGUGGAUGCCUUGCGCCUGCGCUUGGAAGAGAAGGAGACAACUCUGAAUAAGAAGAGCAAGCAGAUACAAGAAAUGUCAGAAGAGAAGGGCACGCUCAAUGGGGAGAUCCACGACCUCAAGGACAUGCUGGAGGUUAAGGAGCGCAAAGUCAAUGUGCUCCAGAAAAAGAUUGAGAACCUGCAGGAGCAGCUGAGGGACAAAGAAAAGCAGAUGAGCAGUCUGAAGGAGAGAGUAAAGUCUUUGCAGGCGGACACUUCCAACACUGACACAGCUCUCACCACACUGGAGGAGUCUCUUGCAGAAAAAGAGCGCAUCAUCGAGCGUCUAAAAGAGCAGCGAGACAGAGACGAUCGGGAGAGGACGGAGGAGCUUGACUGUAACAGGAAGGAACUGAAGGAGUUGAAGGAGAAACUGAGCUUACUGCAGGGAGACCUGUCAGACAGAGAGACGUCUCUGCUGGACCUGAAGGAGCAUGCAUCAUCCCUGGCCUCCUCUGGGCUGAAGAAGGACUCCAAACUCAAGAGUAUGGAGAUCGCCUUGGAGCAGAAGAGGGAGGAGUUACUCAAAGUGGAGAAUCAGCUUAAGAGAGCUCAAAACGCAGCCCUGGAGGCUCAGGCUAACACUGAGCUGGCCGAACGCAUUAAGAACCUCGAACAGGAAGUGGCCCGCCACAAAGAGGAUUCUGGGAAGGCCCAGGCUGAAGUGGACCGCUUGCUGGAGAUCCUUCGGGAAAUGGAGAAUGAGAAGAAUGACAAGGACAAAAAGAUCAAUGAGCUGGAGAGUUUGGCCUCCAGGCAGAUGAAGGACCAGUCAAAGAAGGUGGCGUCUCUGAAGCACAAGGAGCAGGUGGAGAAGAGCAGGAACGCUCGACUCAUGGAGGAGGCCAGGAAAAGGGAGGACAACAUGUCCGAGAGCUCCCAGCAGGUGAAGGACACUCUGCGUCAGAAGUCAGAGCGUAUAGAGGAGCUGGAGGAGGCCCUGAGAGAGAGUGUUCAGAUCACUGCUGAGCGAGAGAUGGUGCUGGCACAGGAGGAGGCUGCCCGCUCGCUCCAGGAGAAACAGAAGCACUCACUCAAACCAAUGCAUGAGUCCAACCUCGCCCACUUAAAGUUGUCAAAGAUGGAGGAGCUGCUGGGGGCCAUGGAGAAAGUGAAGCAGGAGCUGGAGUCCAUGAGGGCCAAGCUGGCCUCCACCCAGCAGUCUCUGUGUGAGAAAGAAGCGCACCUCUCAACCCUGCGAGCUGAACGUAGGAAACACCUGGAGGAGGUGCUGGAGAUGAAGCAGGAGGCGCUGCUGGCUGCUAUCAGCGAGAAGGACGCUAACAUUGCCCUGUUGGAGCUGUCCUCCUCUAAGAAGAAGAAGACCCAGGACGAGGUGGCUCUGCUGAAGCGGGAGAAGGACAGACUGGUGCAGCAACUCAAACAGCAGACUCAGAACAGAAUGAAACUGAUGGCAGACAACUACGAGGAUGACCAUCUGAAGACUGCUCCUGACCAGACAAAUCACAAACCCUCUCCAGAUCAGAUGAUACCCCCUCUUCUAGCCCUGUCCCAGAACCGCAGUAAGCUCAAGCUCUACAUCGCCCACCUGACAGACCUCUGCCACGACCGGGACCCCAGCAUCCUCAGCCAGCUCAUGCCGCCCUCUCACUACCACCACAGCGACCCCGAAGACUGGGAGGAGGAGCUCCAGAAGAUGAGUGUCGAACAGUUGGAACGAGAGCUGGAGGUGUGUGAGAAGGAGAGCGGAGAGCUGCAGGAGUACGCCAACUCUGUUCUCCAGCAGAUCGCAGAUUACUGCCCCGAUAUCCUGGAGCAGGUUGUCAAUGCCCUGGAGGAAUCAUGCUGACAACUCUGACCUCGGACCCAACCCGGCUGACACCUGGUCGUCACAUAAUCUGUAGCUGAGCACAGGUGCCGCUACCUCCACUCAACGAGGCACCUGAAGUACAAGCGAAAGCUGGGGCAUUAUUUCCCCCCGCUGAGCUUCUCUUCCUCGCUCCCCUCGUCCACCCUGGAACAAACUACCACGACUCCUAAGUGCUUUCCUGUCUCAUGUGUCUCUAAUGUCAGGCCUGUAAAAUCGAAUUAGGGAUGUUCACAAAGUCGAAAUGUUGUCAAAUAUGGCACUUUGAGCAAAUAUCAGAUUCCACACUGCAAAGCGGGUCCUCUUGUUUAAUGACAGCUGUGGACGAUGGUGCAGUUGCAGUGGGAAGAGAACUAAAGUACACACCUAAUUCUAUAUCAGGUAGGCAACAGCUUCCUGGAGGUUCAUAAAAAGUCGAAAGCUCACCCUUAAUUGUCCAGUGUGUAGGAUUUAUGGGGAUAUAUUGGCAGAAAUGGAAUAUAAUAUAAUAAGUAUGCUUUCUUCAGUUUAUAAUGACCUGAAAAUAAGAAUCAUCGUAUUUUUGUUACCUUAAAGUGAGCUGUAUAUAUCACAAUAGGGAGCUGGUCCUCUUUCAUGGAGAUUGCCAAGUUGCACUAUUUUGUUUCUACAGUAGCCCAAAAUGAACAAACCAAAAACUGGCUCUAGAUGGGGCCAUUCACAUUUUCACGUUGGCCACCGUAGUUAACAGCCCCUCAGCAAAGAAAGCAUCAUUAAAACAAUUUUUUUUUUUUUAAUGUGAAACCGCUUUAUUCAGUGUUUCUGCCAGCUUAAUCUCCUGAUCUGUUUGUUUUGGAGAGGAAGAGACCUCUGCGGUUAAAUCUUCUUCUAGUUAAAACCCCAUGAACAAUGAACAAUGAAGGAAUUAAACCCAGGAGAAGUUUCAGCUGGUUGCAGUCUGCAAUCCUCACCACUAGAUGUCACUAAAUCCCCCCAAAUCUUACACACUGUUCCUAUAAGCAUUUGUGAACUCACCAAAAUUCGAUUUUUUGCUUGUAGUAUACUUAAAAAAUAUUGCACACCUGUAAGUCUGGGACAGGUGCGUUGGGACAGAGAGGAUAUGAGAAGAAAGAAGCAAACUUCCGCACAAAGUCUUGGAGCAUACUGCCAACCUCCCUCUCCCUAGACGUCGUCAUUCACAGCAGGAACUGCUAGAUCAAGCACAGUUACCUCACCCACUUCUAUCUCAGUCUUUUACCCCUUAGAUUCCUCCUGCAUAUCUUUCAAGUCAAAAGGGGUAAACAUAUUCCUUACAUGGGGCAGGAAAGCACUUCAGCCUUAGAGAACUGGGGAGCUGCUACAUCUUGAGGGGAGCAGAGAGAAGCUCAGCUCAGUGGGUAACUCAUGGAGCCAUGUAGAUGCUUAUUUUGUAAUGUAGUCGGUGUUAUCUAACUAGCAGGUUGGAGUCACUAGUUAGAUACACAGCUACUGGUGGCUGAAUAUCUGAACACUUAGGAAAUGCCACUUUUCAACCAAAUAUAAAUGCAGCAUGUUCUCCAAAUGUUUCUCUCCCAGCUCCAAGCUGUAGAUCCGUAAUUGUAGCCAGGAUUAAAUUGUAGGUACGUUUUUUUUGUUUGUUUGUUUGUUUUUUACUGUGUAGUCUGUGGCUGGGUCACUGGCACGAGAGGGGGAUCAAGGCCUGAGCUUUGACGACGAUCAAAGGUCAGCUUUUAGUUACACUAUGUUCUCAAAUACAAACGAGAGAGAGAGGAAACAAAAAAAGAAAAGCUUUUAUUCUCUGAGACGUAUUAAUUUUUAGAUGGUUUUGCACACAACGUCCACUUGUUUAUGAGGUAUGCAAUGUUUCUUUGAGAACGUUCUAGUGGCCUUGGAGCAUGCACAGAGAUCAGUACUGGACCUAAUGCAGGGAUAUUUAUUCCUCUGUAAUAUUGGUGCUAAGGCAUGAUGUAAGAACUUCUGAUCUGAUCCACUGAUCAUUCAGUCUCAUCCAAAGUUUCUAUAGAUGUUACUUAAAGCCCACCUGAUCUUUUAGUUUGUCGACUGAAUCACCGAAGAAUACAAACGACGCCCCAUUUUUUUUUUCUUGUAAUUUUCAGCUCACUUACAAACGCAAGUGAUGCCUCCUUUAUCGUCUUUUUUGAAAUCUUCAGGGCUGAUGUUUUUAAUUACUAAGUGCAUCUACAUUUACAGGAAAUGAAAGUCACUUUUCAGCAGAUUUUGACUUUUUAGAUCAGUUUGUAAAUAACGUGAUAUUUAACACGUACAGUGACUGAUUAAAGGUAAUUAAGUGGAAGGUGUUGUGAAUUCUUCAAAAAAAAAAAAAAAAAACCUGAGAAGUUAAAAGCAGUGCAGUUGUCUUUUGUGUCUAAUUUUGUCCUCGGGGCAAAAUGUGUGUGUGUGACAGUACUGCCAUAACUUGCGGAAAGUCAUGUUCUAUAGAGAUAUAUAUAUAAAUAUAAUACAUAUAUAUAAAAAUGUUUACUGUAUGGAUAUGCAUUGAAUGUUUGCACAGAAUCUCGAAGAGCGAGCUGCUCUGAACAAAAUGACCGUGGAGUUAAGUGUCCUCAGCAGACACUGAGGAAAGAAGUGUCAAAAAAAAUCUUUUGUGUCAAAAUAACGUGUGAACUACAAAUGUUUUCAAACCGUGACUGUGUGAUGGGAGAGUACUUUUCUUGCAUUUAUUUCUAAUUGUCAUUUUUUAUAUAUUUUCACCGCACGGUGAUGUAAAUGUAUUAUCCUGAGAUUCCAGUGUUGUCGUCUUUUCUUCUUACCUGUUACGUCAACGUUUUUUUGUUGGUUGAUGUCAAAGGCAGACUGCGCCUGAUGGAUAAAAAUAAGUCUCCAACCGUCACGGCCCUCCUGCUGUUAUACGAGGAACAUAACAUUACAAAACAAAACUGCAUCUGGAAGUUUUCUAACAAACUUCCUGUGUAUGGUCACAGACUCAUUUGAGUGGACUAACAGUGUGUCUCACUGAAAACAAAACACAUCCACUGGUUUCGCAGGAUGUUAGUUGGAUGCUUGUUUUUGUACCUCUUGUCUGUCAAACCUCUCGGAGCGGAAGUUAAUUCCUCUCCGUCCCUUUUUAACCCCUCACCUUUCACCACUGGGUUCAGAGAGAAGAAGAGAGCAUUUUUAAGGUGUUUAAUACCCCUUACUUUGGCCUGUGUGUCCCUGCCCUUGCCUUAAUGUCUCGUCAUCUCUUUUUCUCGACUCCUUAUUGAGGAACACAGAGCUGAUUAAGGGGCUUCUGUCACGUUCAUGGUAUCUGUUCCUUUUCUUUUGCAUUUGUAUGAGAAAUGUACUGCCUUCUGUCUGUUCGUGCUAAGAAUCAAAACUGUGUAAAAAGAAAGCAAAACAGACAUGUUUGUGAGUUAUUUGGAUUUUGUAUGUAUGUAAAUAAAUAAAUUA